AUGAGUGGGGAAACAGAAAAGAAAAUGCCAGUACCAACUGAAUUACUCAAGAUGUUACAUGAUCAACGAUUAAAAUUGAAGAUUAGAAUGCUUCCUCAAUAUGAAUUCGGAAGCCUCGAAAAUAAUCAUUAUUGCACUGUUAAAUAUGAUGAUCAAAGUUGGACAUCUGGAACCUUUAGAACAAAACGUGAAGCCAAAAAUGAUGCAUCACAAAUGGCACUUAAUGAACUGCAAAAAAAAUAUAAGGAGGAAGUUACGUGUGUUAUGCGGCUCGCGUCGGAAAAUUUAAAACGACAACCCAGGAAACAAAUUUUUGGAAAUAAUAUUCGUAGUAUCUCUAAAGAAUUACAUUGGUCAGAAAUGAUACCUGCGGUUAAACAAUGGUUUAGUGGGGAAAAGUUUAGAAUGCUACCAAGUAUUCUACUCAAUGAACUCGCACUAAGAUAUCAAUUAGGACAGCCAAAUUAUGUAUGUUUAACUUUUCCUAAAGGAGUGCAGAAUGAUUUUAAAUAUGGCCAAUAUAUUGCAGUUGAUAUUGGUAGAAGGAGAUUCAAUCCAUCUGUUAUUUCUAACGAUUUUAAUAUUGCCAAAGAUCAUGUGGCACACAUCGCAUUUAGAAUUUUGUAUGAGGAAAUCAUGAAUAUUGAAAUGAAAAUAAUUAUUCAGAAGGAUUUUGAUUAUAAGAAAUCGAUUGGAAUAGUGAUGUUAAAAGAAGAUAUUAAAACAGUUCCACCAAUAAAAUGUUAUAAAAAUGUUAUCAACAAUAUCGGUUUACCAAUCGAAGAACAAGCAGAAAUCAAUGAUUUGAUGAAUAAAACACCAGGACCAAAACAGGCUGUGCAAUGUCCUUUACCAGCAGUGCCAUCUGCACAAUAUCCUUCACCAGCAGUGCCAUCUGCACAAUAUCCUUCACCAGCAGUGCCAUCUGCACAAUAUCCUUCACCAGCAGUACCAUCUGUACAAUAUUCUUCACCAGCAGUACCAUCUGUACAAUAUUCUUCACCAGCACAAUAUCCUUCACCAGCGGUGCCAUCUGCACAAUAUCCUUCACCAGCAGUACCAUUUGCACAAUAUCACUCACCAGUAUUAUCUGCACCAUUUCCUUCAGGAGGAAGUUCGUUUGUACCAUUUCCUCACUCAGCAUUUCUACAUAAUCCUGGAUCUGCACCAACUACAACCAAUCCAUCAUUACAAAAUAAGGAUCCAAAGAAAAAUCCAAAGAAUCAAAUGAAGGAUCUAAUGGAGAAUCGAAAGGAGAAUCCAAUUAAGAAUCGCAAGAAGAAUCAAAAGAAGAAAUUCAAGAACAAUCCAAAGAAGAAUCCAAUUGAGAACCCAAUGAAGAAGGACCCAACGAAGGAUCCAAUGGGGAAUUUAUCAUUACAUUCAAACAAGACAUUUACUUCAUUGAUAUAUGAGUUGGCAGCUAAGAAAUCCUGGCCAAUACCUCAAUAUGUUUAUCAUAAAAAAGUAGAUGGAGAUGGUUUUUGUGCAAUAUUGUCAAUUAAUGAUCGUCAUUUUAAAGGAUUAUUCCAUCCUACCAAAAAGGAAGCAAAAGAAGGUAUUAGUCAAUUGGCUUUUUGGAGUCUAGUAUAA